GUGUGAGUGGGGGGUAGUGUGCGCGGGUGUGUAUGUGUUUAGGGGGAGACUCUACCAACCCACUGGAGCAGAGCCACAAAUCAGACCACAACAGUCAGGGAGGGAACAAGUCAGGCUCCAGCACAGGGACAGACAGGACACUUCCCAGAGAACAGAGAGAGGACAGUAAGAGAGCCCAGAGGACAGAGGACAAAGAGUUUCCGUGGACAGUGGACCCAGGACUGGUGGGAGCCCGGGAGGCAGCUUCUGUGUCUGGAGGUAUCAGAGCAUCUAUGAGCUGUGUUGUUUGUAAGAUGACUAAAUCCUGGUUGUGGCUCCUCCCCUUCCUGUCAGCAUCGUGUGUUCUGUCCUCUGACCCGCCUGGGGUCAAAAUCCGGAUCACUGAUCGGGGCCUGGACAUGUUGAAGGCAGAGACGCAACGCUUCGUGGAGCAGGAGAUCAGUGACAUCGUGAUGCCAGAAAUGCAGGGCAACGAAGGUCGCUUCCAGUACACCAUCACAGAUAUAAAGAUCAUAGCCCUGGACCUGACCAAUGUGGAUUUAGGCUUCAUCCCCACAGUGGGACUCCUGUUCGAUGUGCAGAACUCCUCCAUCACUCUCAGCUUCCACCGUCGCAUUCUCUACUGGUUCUUCUAUGACACAGGUCUGAUCAACGCCUCCGCAGAAGGGGUCAACAUCCACACAGCCCUGACCCUGAUCCGGGAUCUGGAUGGAAGGCUGAAGAUUGGGAACAUCAGCUGCGACGCUAAGAUCAACCGCAUGAGGGCACAGUUUAGUGGGACACUGAGUAAAGUAUAUGACUUCCUGGCAAGUUUUCUGACCACUGGGAUGCGCUUCCUGCUGAAUCAGAAGCUGUGUCCCGUACUGGACCAUGCUGCUCUGGUCCAUGUAAACUCCAUGCUGGACACUGUCCCUGUGCGUAGUGAAGUGGACGACUACAUUGGCAUAGACUACUCUCUGCUGAGUGACCCGCAGGUGUCCCAGCGCAGCCUAGACAUGGACUUCAGAGGCAUGUUCUUCAGCUUAGCCAAUGAGAAUGAGCAUCUGCCCAAUGUGGCGGUGGAGCCAGUGAUCCGGGAGUACGACCGCAUGGUGUACCUAGCCCUGUCCGAGUACUUUUUUGACAGCGGCAUGUUUGCAUAUUACAAGGCUGGGAUAUUCACUAUGGACAUCGCUAAUGAAAGGAUGCCCAGGGAUCUGGAGGUGCUGCUGAGGACCACAUACUUGGGAGCUAUUGUCAUGAUGAAUGCUGCUCUGGUGGAUGCGCCCAUCGCCCUGUACCUGACUGUCACGUCUCCACCCAAGACCUCCAUCAGAACGUCAGGGGCCACCGUGUCCGUGACAGCUAAUGUCCGAGUGAUGCUGCUGCCUGCAGGGAGAGAGCCCAUCCAGCUCAGCAGCAUGACCAUGGAGAACAAAUUCAACGCCAAAGUGUCGAUGAAAGGCAAGAGACUGGCCGUGCAUGCUGACCUGCGAAGGUUUAAGAUCUUCUCCAACCAGUCAGCUCUGGAGUCUCUGGCGCUCAUCCCACUGCAGGCACCUCUGAAGACCAUGCUGCAGAUGAGUGUGGUCCCCCUCAUCAACAACUGGACCAAGCGUGGUGUGAGGAUCCCUCUGGCAGAUGGCAUGGACUUCAUCGAGGAGGUGGUGGAGUACCAUAAUGGCUUCAUAGUGAUCGGAGCAAACCUGCACUUCAGCAAAGGCCUGAGAGAGAUGAUCCAGGGGAACACCACCAGAGCCUCCGACCUCUGAAUGUGCCAUAACCCUUAUUUACUACAGUGUAGUAGUCUGGGAGAUUAGAAUCUGUUUUUCUAACAUGAAUAUGUCUUUGUUUUUGUUUUUUUGUUUUUUGUUUUUUUUACAAAUGUUUUCUUUCUGAGGUUAAAUGUCGCACCUUGCCUAUUGGGUGCCAAAAAGGUGGGAGAUGGUUCUGGUUCUGAGUCAGACAGACACAGGACUGAGGCCCAACCAGAAUGACCAGUCCAUCCUUGUGCUAAGCACCAGCACAGAGCUAUGACAAAGUAUAAGGGUCACUUAAAAAAAAAAAAAAAAUUAUGCGGGUGCUACAAGAAUAAAAUCGUAACAUUUUGACAUAAAAGUCAUAAUUUUACGAGAAUAAACUCACAAUUUUCUAAGAAUAAUGUUGUAACUUUCCAAGAAUAAAGUGGUAGUCAAUGUAAAGAUGUAAUUUUAUCCAGAUUUAGGGGCAAGGGCAAUUCCCCACCACGACCAGAAUGCAAAAGAAUGGCCCUUAUUUGAGUUAAAAGAUGAAUUUCUCCAGAAUUUCUCUUUAUUCUCCAGAAAUGACUCCCAUGCACCUCUGCAAGUAUCUGAGCGCUUCUGGGCAAGUCUUUGCACGCAGUGCACCUGGAACAUCCAUGGAUACUGGGUGUACACUGUGCUCCAGACCCUGUAUUGGGGGAACAGCGAGGCCAGUAUGCUGUGUCAAUCCCGCAUAAAUAAUUCGGGAUCAGGGACUGAAACCGGCUUCAACUCUGUGGAUUAAACUAUACUGCAACCAUUUGGAGACAGAAACAGGACAGUGCUGUGGCAAAAGAGAUUAGACUACAUUAUAAUCGGUGCGUAAAAAAACGGGGCUGCACAGUGUGCGCGGCUCCACAAGCCCAUAAUGUGGGGCUGAAGUUUAUCUACAAUGAACGCAUCUUUGGUGAUUGUGUGCAAAGUAGCCAUGUUUAGAAUAGUACAGAAGCAAAGCUAAGUGGAGCAGAGUAUGGGUAUGUGUAGAGACUGCUCCAUGUGUUUGCGGCUCGGAGCACAGCCUGUGCCCUGCCCAGUGAGCCCCAGGGAGCGCCACGCUUCAUCACUCUACGGGAGAACAUGUAACCCAGGGGUGUCAAACUCAAAUUCACAGUGUUUUUCAGAAGGGGUGGAUUAAAUUUGAGUGAGGCGACAGGUAACAGAUGCUAAUAAGUGUCAACAGAAGUGGGGGGGCCAGCGCCAACACAUUUUCAAAGUAUUCUGAGAUAUUCGUAGUAUUAGAGGUGCAUACCCUAUACUGGUGCAGCGGUCCGCAGGCCAGCUCUAAUGCAUAUUUGAUAUGAUCUCGCGGGUCAAAAAUAACUAUAUGGGGGCCAAAUUUGGCCCGCAGGCCUGAGUCUGACAUGUCUGAUGUAGCCUACUUCAUUCAGCAGCUUGUGAUUGAUGUGUACAAGUGAAGGGGUGGCAGCUACUGAGGUGCAGAUCUGUCUAAUAACUUACAAACUUAUGGGUGUUUGUAAAUGUCAGUGUUUCAAAGUUUAAUAUCAUUAAUGGGUAUUUAUGUAAGCUUUUAACUCAUCCAAGUGCCAGUCUGUUGCAGCCUAUGUUCAUUUUGAUUCGGUGUCCAGCCCUAAAUCAUUAAAGGUCGACUUUUUUGGCUAUUCUCGUAAAAUUACGACUUUUUUUUGGCUUCGACUUUAUUAUCAUUGAAUUAUGACUUUAAUGUUGAAAUGUUACUUUAUUCUCGUGGUGCCCGCGUAAUAUUUUUCAGUGUCCCUUAUACUCUGUUGUACAAAUCUCCCCAGGCCAAUAAAAGAUUAUGAUUUAAAAUGUAAAACAAAACAAAUCUGCUUUAAGCAGUUUACUGUACAUGGACCAGUGUGUACUGUCAGCUGAUCAGUGAAAUGUCUUCUUUUUUACAUUUUGUACAUUUAUGUUCAUUCUGUUUGGUAUAGGCUACCUUUAUCUUAGACCCCUGAUAAAAUCAGAGGGCUAAAAGCAUUGUCUCAUUAUCAUAUUUUGUAUGUGCUCAUUUUAAUAUAAAGCACUUUAUAAUUAUGUGUGUUGUCAUUAAAAAAACAACAAUGUAUAAAUAAAAUGUAUUGUUGUUCAUUAACCUGUAUAGGCUCUUAUAUAAGCUUGGUCCCUAUGUUUUCAACCGUGUGUGCAUUUAUAAUUAUUCCAGUAAAUUCUAACUUACUAA